AUGGACCGCCUCAAGCAACUCACUUCUCAUUUCACUCGGUCGCCCAAGCCUUGGGAGACCAAGUCGCCUGACGAUGUGGUCAUCACACUCGCCAUCCGCUCUCCGUUGUGUAAGUCCUGGAAAGGAGCUCUCAAGGAUACACGCUCCGACGAACUCCUAACAAGCAUGCUCAAAGCCACCAUUUCCCGCAUGCAGAUCCCGCCCGGGAUGGUUCAAGACAUCUGCGUCGGCACCGUGCUCCCCAAAUCUCCGGGAUACGAAGCGCGCGCCUCUGCUCUGGCAGCAGGAUUUCCGGAGACGACACCUACACAAGUGAUCAACAGGUUCUGUUCCAGCGGGCUCAUGGCCGUCACUACCGUAGCGAACCAGAUCCGCGCAGCACAGAUCGAAAUUGGCCUCGCAGUAGGAGUGGAAAGCAUGUCUUUCAACAAGGACGAAGGCGCCCCCCCUCCAUCAGAGGAGAUCCUCGCCCAUCCCAUCGCCAAAGACUGUCUGCACCCAAUGGGAUGGACGUCGGAGAACGUCUCUAACGACUUCUCGAUCUCCCGGGAAGAUAUGGAUGUUUUCGCCGCCAUUUCCCAGCAGCGGGCUGCCCAUGCCGCCUCUGCAGGGCUAUUCGACGCCGAGAUCGUGCCUAUCGAAGCGUUCCAAAAGGAUCCCGCUACGGGAGAGCGCAAACGCGUCCUGGUAGAAAAAGACGAUGGUAUCCGGCCCUCUACGACCGCUGCCUCCCUAAGCAAGAUCCGGCCCGCAUUUCCCCAAUGGGGCGGGCGUACAACCGGCGGGAACGCCAGCCAGAUAACGGAUGGGGCAGCUUCUGUGCUCCUUAUGACACGGAGGAAAGCUGAGGAGCUCAGACUGCCUAUCAAGGCUCGGUUCGUCACUACCGUCGUGUGUGGUCUUGCGCCCCGUAUCAUGGGAAUCGGGCCGAGCAUCGCUAUCCCUCUAGCGCUGGAGCAGGCAGGGCUGAGCAAGGACGAAGUAGACCUGUUCGAGAUAAACGAAGCGUUCGCGUCGAUGUAUGUGUACUGCGUGCGUCACCUGGGGCUGGAUAUAGACAAGGUGAACGUUAAUGGAGGGGCGAUUGCUCUGGGACACCCGUUGGGCGCGACGGGGGCCAGGCAGGUCGCUACGGGGCUGGCGGAACUGGAGAGGAGGGGAGGGAGGGUCCUGGUCACGAGUAUGUGUAUUGGUUUGGGCAUGGGGGCGGCCGCGGUGUUCGUUAGGGAGUAA